UCGCUCCACCCUAUGCGCCUUUUCUCUGGCUGGGUGAUCUGCCGCUCGGCUAGCAUCCCGGCGGCCUUUGCGCGAGCAAAAUGGCAGCCCCCAUACCUCGGGGUUUGUUCUCCUUAUCCAGGACUUUGGGAUGGUGGUCUCGGCAGCCCAUUCUGGUGACUUGGUCCACAGCUGUAGUUCCAGUAAAAACCAAAAGCCGUUUCAGACCCCGGAAUCCUGAACCCAAGUUCAAAACAGAGAAGGAGUUUUUGGAAUAUGCCAGGAAAGCGGGAUUGGUUAUUCCACCGGAACGGUUGGAGCGUCCUAUACAUUUGGCCUGUACAGCUGGUAUAUUUGAACCCUAUGUUCCACCAGAGGGUGAUGCUCGAAUGUCAUCUCUUUCAAAGGAAGGGCUGAUGCAGAGAACUGAGCGAUUGAGAAAGAAUGUGACAUCACAGUUGGCAAUUCGAAAGAUAAAAGAAUUUGAUGCUAAUUUUAAAAUGAAAGACUUCCCUGAAAAAGCUAAAGAUAUUUUCAUCGAAGCCCACCUUUGUCUAAACAACUCAGACCAUGACCGGCUUCAUACCCUGGUAACUGAGCACUGUUUUCCGGACAUGGUCUGGGACCUCAAGUACAAGACUGUGCGCUGGAGCUUUGUGGAAUCUCUAGAACCCGCCCAAGUGGUUCAAGUCUCUUCCUCAGGGCUGGUGAACCAGAGCAACAUGUAUGGCCAGGUCACCGUGCGCCUGCACACUCGGCAGACUUUGGCCAUUUACGAUCGGUUUGGCAGAUUGAUGUACGGACAGGAAGAUGUGCCCAAGGAUGUCCUGGAGUAUGUGGUAUUUGAAAGACACUUGAUGAACCCGUAUGGGAGCUGGAGAAUGCAUGCCAAGAUUGUGCCCCCGUGGGCACCCCCUAAGCAGCCCAUCCUCAAGACCCUGAUGAUUCCUGGUCCUCAGCUGGAGGAGUGUGAAGAGACAAAAGGGGAGGCCCAUAAGCCUCAGCUAGCCUGAUGGCGGGGAGCCUAGCAGUGGUGGCGAACACCUUUAAUCCUAGCACUCAGGAGGCAGAGGCAAGUGGAUCUCUGUGAGUUCAAGGCCAGCCUGGUCUACAGAGCAAGUUGCAGGACAACCAGAGCUACACAGAGAAGCCUGUCUCAGAAAAAAAAAAAAGAAAGAAAAGAAAAAAGAAGACUCCUGAGAGGUGCUCAGGUGGUGGGGCUGCAAGAUCACCCUACCCUGAAGGCUUCCCUUGCUCUCUCCUGCCCAGCCUGGGUCAGCAGCCCCCCAAGCCCCUUAUAGUCAUGGCUGAUGUGUGUGGCCCAGGACGUGCCUAGGAUGCCCAGCCAUGGAACACCUUCUUACAACCAUGUUCAGCUUUUGAGGUGAAAUGAAAAGCAGCAGGAGAGAGAGCAAACACUAUGCCGGGCUUUUCCUGACAGGAACUGUGGCAUCUGAUCAACAGCUUUCUUUUUUUUGUAAUUAUAGGCCAGGUCGGCAUUUGAAAUAAAAUACUGUCAAAGAAUUGAGUAAACUGUGUAUCUUGCACAUUUUCCCUGGUUCAGACUGGAAUGGAGCGGUUUCAUGACAUCAGGCAUGGGAAACCGGUGUAGUGAUGAGUGAUGCGGCUUCCAGGAGCUCUAGACAGGAAGAAUACGUAGUGUCUAAAAUCUAGAGCAUCCUGCUGCAGUCUCAUCAUGUAGGAAGUUGGGGCAAGAGGAGGAUCAAGAGCUUAAUGUCACCCUUGGCUACACACAGUUUAAAGCCAGUCUCGGCCACUUCAAUCCUGUCUCAAGUGAACAGCAAUAAAAAAAUAGGGUGUUACUA